AUGGCGUUUCUACAUUCUCACUCUUCCGAGUGUGUGAAGUCGGAGUUGGACCUAUUUACCAUACCACCUACCCAAACAAGCCAUGGAGAAGAAUAUAUUGAUUUGGCACAUAUCAUGAUCAAAGUUCGCGCCAGAAUCAUGAAACCCGGUGGCUCUGUUGCUCUAGAGGACUCUGUUGGUCCUGUGAAUAAUAUUUUAAAUUCAAUGUUUAACCAAGUGGAUGUAUAUUUCAACCAAAAAGUGGUUACGCCUCCAAAUAAUCUGGACGCCUAUAGAGCAUACAUUGAAACAUUACUCAACUAUGGAACAGAUGCAAAGUCUUCACAUCUUGGAAUGUCACUUUGGGCAACGGAUAGCUAUGGUGCAAUGGAUUCUACUGUUGUAGCGGCGGGCGAUGCGAGAACCAACAAUGGGCUAGCGGCACUUCAGGCAUUUACUAAAGGUGGAAAAACAUUUGAUCUACUGGGACAUUUACAUUGUGACGUGUUCAAUCAAGAUAAGUUUUUGAUGAAUGGCGUAGAGUUACGCGUUCGUCUUAUCCGUGCAAAGGAUGACUAUUCUCUUAUGGACGAUAGCGCCCUGAAUUAUCAGGUGCAUAUAGAAGAAGCCUCCUUGAUAGUUCGCCGUAUGAAACUCAGCCCUGGAAUUUUGGCAGCUCACGCUGAAACGCUUGCAAAGACAACUGCGAAAUACCCUUUGACACGGGUGGAGGUCAAAUCUUUUGUUCUCCAUAGGGGAAUUAUGGUGGAGACGAUAGACAAUGCCAUUUGGGGCAACUCCCUAGAAGAAUCAUACUGGGAUUUGUUUAAAAUGCCAGUUUCAACGGAUCGAGGAAGGAGAAUCCCUUCAACUUUCAAAAUUUUGGGAUAA